AGAGACCUGAGAACUGUGGUGGGAUCGAAUCCAGUCUGGCCAAAGAUCGGCAAUCGAGGAAGUCGAGCUUGUAGGAUUCAGCUUGUGCAUGGAUUGCCACUAAGAUCAAGUAUAGAAUCCUUGAUCAACUAUUUGCAGAGUGAAAUCGUUUGGUUUCAAAUAAUCUACUUUUUGCGGUAAAGUUGAAUCUAGUUGUUGGUGCAUUAUCAAGCUGUGCAUAUGAAUUUGCUAAUAUGACACUUAAAUGGGGUAUUCAUAAUUAAAUGGGGAUAAACCGAAGGACCACCUGUUAAGGCAUGCUCAAGCAGACUUCCUCCCCUAUUUUCAUGCAUCCACGGGUGACAACCUUGACUUGAACAAGGAAGCUGAACGUUUUACUUUUGUAGUCAAGACAGCAAACUGUUGAUAAGAGGAGCUAUCAUGUAACAUGGAAUGAUCUUCAUAUACUUAUAUUCUUGAAGGUUGAGAGAGUCAGAGAUAAUAUACAAAGCAAGCUUAUACAAGAAGCAAUGUUUACAUUGUUUUACGGCCUUUGGAAAUAUAUGUUCAGUAAGAUAGAGUUUCAUGUGCUUAUUCUUGGAAUUGACAAGGCUGGAAAAACGACUUUAUUGGAGAAGUUGAAAUCCACGUACUCUAACUUAGAAGGGCUUCCUCCUGAUCGAAUUGUUCCAACCGUUGGACUAAACAUUGGUCGGAUAGAAGCAUCAAAUUCAAAACUUGUAUUCUGGGACCUGGGAGGCCAGCCUGGACUUAGAUCAAUAUGGGAGAAAUAUUAUGAAGAAGCGCAUGCUGUGAUAUUUGUUAUAGAUGCUGCAUGUCCCUCACGCUUUGAAGAUGCCAAGUCUGCACUUGAAAAGGUACUUCGGCAUGAGGAUUUACAAGGAGCACCUCUUUUAAUAUUAGCAAACAAGCAGGAUCUUCCUGAAGCGGUAUCAGCGGAAGAACUUGGUCGUUACCUAGAUCUAAAGAAGCUGGGUGAAAGAGUUUACAUGUUUGAAGCUGUGUCAGGCUAUGAUGGAAUGGGGAUAAAGGAAGGUGUAGAGUGGUUGGUGGAAGUGAUGGAGAGAAGUAAGAGGACCGAAAUGUUGAGAGUUCGGGCUGGUGCUAUGGGUUCAGGCCCUGCAUAGGAGGAUCUUAAAGUCAAAUUUAGCUGUUUAACCAUUCCUUCAUAUCUUUUUAAAACCAAAUUGGGAUGUAAAUGACUCCGUCGUUGGGGAAGCAAAAGGAAAGAAAAGGAAAGCUUCUGAUUGCAGAUCACCCUGAUCCUGAGAUUUCAUACCAUGGUCGAAAUUGUAAUACAGUAGAAGCUUCAUCAGGGCGAGCAAAAUCAAUUUUUAAGUCCUUGAGAUGGAGGACUUUUCUGCUUCUAUAGUUCUGCCUAGGAAUGUGAACUCCGCAGUCUUUGGUUGAUGUGAAACUUGUUUAGUGAUUAGAUAAAUCAAUCAAUUAUAAAUAUAUCCCAUAUCUUUUCUGCCGAAAA